AUGCCACGACACGGGCAGAGCAUCCCGCAAAGCCCCCGCGACGUGGGGCCCGACGGCGGCGGGAGCGGGGGAUGCCCACGGGAGGAGAGCGGGCCCUUCCGCCGCGGGAGGGCGGACACGGCCCCGGGGCUCGCUGCGGGCUGGUCCGGCCCGGCCCGGCCCCCCAUGCAGCCCCCCGAAGGGGGGGGUGUUCGGCCGGGCCCCGACACCGCCCGAGAGAACUGCCGAAAGCCAAACUGUAAAGCUGACGAUGCAGAUUUCCACACCAAACCCAUGCGCCUCAUUUCGCUCAAUCGUGGAAAGUACAUCUUCAUUGAGCACACGUACGGGGAGGUGAACCAGCUGGGCGGCGUCUUCGUGAACGGGCGGCCGCUGCCCAACGCCAUCCGGCUGCGGAUCGUGGAGCUGGCGCAGCUCGGCAUCCGGCCCUGCGACAUCAGCCGCCAGCUCCGCGUCUCGCACGGCUGCGUCAGCAAGAUCCUGGCCCGGUACAACGAGACCGGCUCCAUCCUGCCCGGGGCCAUCGGCGGCAGCAAGCCGCGGGUCACCACCCCCAACGUGGUCAAGCACAUCCGAGACUACAAGCAGGGCGACCCCGGCAUCUUCGCCUGGGAGAUCCGCGACCGGCUGCUGGCGGACGGCGUCUGCGACAAGUACAACGUGCCCUCGGUCAGCUCCAUCAGCAGGAUCCUGCGCAACAAAAUCGGCAGCCUCUCCCAGCCCGGCCCCUACGACGGCGGCAAGCAGCCCCCCGCGCAGCCCGCCCUGCCCUACAACCACAUCUACCAGUACCCCUACCCCGGCCCCAUGGCCUCGCCGGCCGCCAAGAUGGGGGGUCACCCCGGCGCCCCCGUGGCGGCGGCCCACGUCAGCCUGCCCCGCUCCUGGCCCUCGGCCCACUCCGUCACCAACAUCCUGGGCAUCCGCACCUUCGUGGAGCAGACGGUUGUGGACAGAAAACCUGCCAGCCCUGUGGGGAAAUCUCCGGACCCUCUAAAUACCAUCCAUGGACUCUCUAUCCCAGCCUCCUCUUCCUAG